UGCCGAUUCCAAAAAGAGAGAAUGAAAUCACUCCAUCCCGGGUUUUGACGGCUUUAUUAACCUCCUCCUCCUCCUCUGCUUCCCCGCCGAAACCAAAAAACCCUCGUUCCCCACUCUCCUCUGGAUUGCCCUCCUCCUCCCUCGGCGGUUUGUUCAUCGCCUCCGCUGAAAAAUCAAACCCAAAACCAAGAAAGGGGGCGAAAAUGGCCGAGGCGAACUCGUACGAGGAGCAGCGCAGGAGGCAGGUGGAGGAGAACAAGCGGAAGCUGGAGGAGCUGCGCCUGCACCACCUCCCCGCCGCCGUCCGGGGGGCCGCCGUCAAGCCCAGCAGUCUCGUUUGGCUGGUGUCGCAGAAGAGGAAGGCCCCGAAGCCGCGGGGCGCCGCCGAUGACGCCCCGCCCCGGCGGUCCGGGCGGAUCGCCACCCUCCCCGAGCAGCCCGACUACCGCGACAAUGUACGUGCUCCGCAACUAAGGGGCCCGUAG